CGACAGGUGUCAGGCACGUACAUAAGAAUUGAGCUUCCCGCCCUCUCGUUGCUGGGGAAAUCACCACUACUACCACCACUACCACCACCACUACCACUACUACUACAUAUCUUCCACUGCACCUCAACCGAGAACCACCAUCUUCCAGUUGAAUAACCCCACCUCCCCACCAACAAAAAUGCAGUUUACUCUUCUCCUCUCGAGCGUGCUCCUGGCCAUCCCUUUCGCCGCGGCCCUUCCCCUCGCCUCUCCCAACACCAUCACACCGCGCGCCGUCUUCCGCAGCGCCGACGGCAACACGGUGUGCAUGGCGAACUUCCAAGCCACGCCGAUCACGCCGGCCAAGUUCGACACGCUGCUGUCCACGUUCCUCGACGGCGACGGCGGCGCCUGCUGCGGCGGGUACUGCAUGGAACUCUCCGCUCCUGCGGCCGAGGAGGCCGUACUGGCAGCGGCGGAUAAGCUGCGGCUGUGUAUCGGACAGGCCGAUGCUGGUGUUCAGACUUUUACUGGUAUGUACACACCGAUGUUCGCGAGAGGCCUCGCGGGAAAUGGGAUUGUCGCUAAUGGACUGUUACAGUGGAUUAUUCUGAGCUGCGGUUGGCAUACCGACUACAGAGUUCCAGUGUUCCGAGUGCUGGGUUCCGGCAGUGCUAGGUUCGCGAUAAUGGGUUCGUGAUGAUGAUGGAUUGAUGAUGGAUUGAUGAAUGGGAUAUCUGUGGCGAGAAGCAUUAGCGAGGCGUUUUGUUUUAUGGGAAUAUUUAUGAUAAUAAUAAACGACGAGUCUCUUAUGUAUUCGGGAGAUUAUGCCGAUCGACGAUGAUGGUGAUGAUGAUGAGGUGGUUGUGCCCUUGGGCCUUCUCCACGAAGAGCGAGAAUUCAGAGCGCCAGAGCGUGCUGUCGAAAUGCGAUAGCGAUGAUGGAUCGUAUGCAUGAUGUUCCGAUCUGCAGGCCACGUGCGUCCGAGUCCUGACCACCAUCCCCAGAGCGAAUGUAGCAAUGGCCCUCACAAAUCACCUCCCUUCUCGGUCCCCUCUG